AUGUUAAGUCAUUGGAUGUUUGGGAUGAAUGAGAUGGAGGCUGGUGACCAAGUUACUAUUAUUGUUGUAAAUUGGUUUAAUGAAGUUAUAAAGGAGUGUGGGGUGAGUCUUGUGUAUGAUGAAGGAGAGAAGAAGGAUGAAGAAGAAGAUGUGUUGGGUUAUUACAAGUCAUGGAAUCACAUAAUUGGUGGAGAUCUCUCACCUUUUCAAACAACAACAGGACAAUACAUCCUAACCAACGACAGAUUUUUUCUGCCUGGCAUUAGAGUGUUUCCUUAUCUUCGUAAAUUCGUUGCACAUGGCCCCGACUACCAAGAAAAAGAGGAAGUGUGGUUUAGAGCUUUUUCCACAAGCAACCCUCAGAUACUUGGUCGUGCAUGUGAGGGUAAGGGGGAAUCUUCAAGGUCUGGUCCUUGACAUGAAAAUGCUUGGGAAAGAGAGGCUACAAUACAUGGCUGUUCUGAAUUCAAAAUGGAUGCAUUUAGUAGUAAGAAAGGUGACCAAAUGCUACUGUAACUCGAUCGCAUGAAACUCAAUGAGUUAUAUCCUAAUUAUUUUCCAAGAGAAUUAAGAUGGUUUGCUUGUUGUCACCUCUAGUAACGAUUUAUGUUUUCAUUCUUUGUUUUGAUAAUUGUAUCUUUGAUUGCCAAAAACAGGGGAAAACAAUAUGAAUGUAUUUUGAGUUAAUUAAUACACAUGUAAGCAAUAUGAUAUAAGUCGUAAUGUUGUUUUUAUUACUUUAUAUAUAUAUUUUUUAUUUGGUUCAUGUGAUUG